GUUGUCACGCUGUUGCCGGAAGCGCAUUGCUUUGCGGAAGUAUCAUUCACAUACUGUUGCGUGGUCUAAUUAAUGGGUUUUCCUGUGAUGUUGCGCUAAUUAGGCUGCACAGAUGUCUGGAGUGUAUUUAGAGAAGAUUGCACGUGUGUAUGAGCGCUACCGGGAUUAUGUGACCCGGAACCCGGGCGUUACGGCGCAGCUGGAGAGCGCAGUGCGGACUCUGUCUUAUCUCAUAGCAGGCCGCUUUUCAGACUCUCAUGAACUUUCUGAGUUGGUGUAUUCAGCAUCAAACCUGCUGGUGUUGCUGAAUGAUGACAUUCUAAGGAAGGCUCUCUCCAAGACUCUGCCUGUGUCUCUCUCCCAGCAGAGGCUGCUAACUUGGCUUUCAGUCCUGGAGUAUGUGGAGGUCUUCACUGAGAUGGCAGCCGCUAAGCUGUGGAAAGAACCCGGGCGCUGGCUGGUCGUCGUCCUCAUUCAGAUUGCAAAAGCCAUCCUGCGCAUCCUGCUGCUCUUCUGGUACAAAUCAGGCAUCCAGACAUCACCUCCCAUAAUCCCUUUGGAUAGAGACACACAGCUGUACAACAGAGAUCAGAGCAGCGUGGAGGAAGAUGUCACAUUCGUUGGACAGCGCUCAGGGAGAGUGGUGAGACCUUUGAGAAGUGUGUCUUCACUGCAAAGUCGACUGUGGGGAGAUCCUCACAGAGAGAGAAAGCGGAGGGAGCAGGAGGAGGACCUACAGGCAAGCCCCACCCCUCUGGGCCUGCAAGAGACUAUUGCAGAAUCACUGUACAUCGCUCGACCCUUAGUGCACUUGACCGCUCUAGGACUCUGUGGCAGACGCUCCUGGAAGCCAUGGCUCAUCUCUGGCAUCUUGGAGAUAACAAGUUUCAGUUUGUUGUCUGACACAAUGAAGACACUGAACCGCAGAGAGAGGGCCGAGAUGAGGAGAAGAGCUUUCCUCCUGCUCUACUACCUACUCCGCUCACCUUUCUAUGACAGAUACUCUGAAGCAAAGAUCCUCUUCCUUCUCCGGUUCUUGGCUGAUUACAUUCCUGGAGUAGGCUUAGUUGCACGCCCACUGAUGGAAUACUUACCCAUUUGGCAGAAGAUCUACUUUUAUAACUGGGGCUGAGGCUGAACAGGCGGAAAAGGUCAUACAAACCUGUAUAUAUAAAGGACUCAGAAAGUGCUUACGUCUGCUGCAAAACCACAUGGGGACAGACGGACGCACGCACACGCACAAGCACACACACACACGAACAUCCUGUGACAAUCUGAGUUGAAGAUGAGUUGUACAACACAUUAUUUCAGUUUGUUUAGCUAGCAUGAUUGAGUUUCAUAAAAUGGACAGUUAAUCCAGUUCAGAAAAUCAUUGUUGUCUUUAUCUUGUUUCUUUUUGCUUUCAGUUUUCAUGAUUUUUUUUUUUGUUAUUAUUUUGUAUAAUAUAAUUCAUCAAAUCUCUCAGUGCCACAUUUUACACCAUUCUUUGUUCAUGUAAUGUUUUCUUAUGAGAACACAAAUCUAUUCUGUUCAGUUAGAUUUUUUUUUUUUUUUUUAAAGAGAUAAUGGUUUCACGCAACAGGACAGUGAUUCAACCUGACUUGCUGAGCUUGAGUCAUUAUUGCUGUUGAGAUAUUUUUUUCAACUGAGGUAUUACAUUGAGUUGUGUAGAAAUGAUAAAAAGCUAUAAGGCCUUUUCAGAGGACAUCCUGUCUUUCUGGACCCCCUUUACUUCAAACCAGCAUUAUAAGCAGUAAACUGAUGAAUGUCCUCUGUUUUUCACUGUGAACUAACUAAAAGCUCAUUUUGGUAAUUGAGUAAACCUGACUUUUGUGCAAUGGCUGGAAAUGCUCUAUGUGAUUAUAAAUAUUCAUGAUUUUAUUAAAGGCAUCUGAAAAAAAAAGAAGACUAGAAAUCCAAUGUGAGAAAUGGAUGAUGGAUUUUGUACACACCUUUAUGCAUUUAAUAAAUCAGCCAGUGAUGGGAAAAGCAAUUUACUCCUUCAGCUUUUUCCUUUCAAAACAUAUGGAGAUCGGAAGGUUCAUUUCAUCAUAAUGGCAUAUUAAACCACAAUGAGGAGGAUUGCACAAGUACAUGCUCAAAAACAGUCCAUAACUCAAAGUCUAAUUUAAAAUGACUGUCUUUGCACUAAAUAAAAUGUCUUUUUCACACACGAG